GGUGUGAAGGAAAAGAAGAAGGUGAAAUUGUUGUUGGUGGAAAUGGUGAAGGAAAUCAACCAAAUCAAUUACAUCAUCCUUUUGAUUUAUUCUUUGAUGAUGAAGGAAAUCUUUACGUUGCUGAUGCGGGAAAUAAUCGAAUUCAAAAAUUUGAAAUAAUUUAG